CGGAAUGGGGCUGCCGAGCCGUCUAUAGCCCGCCCCGCCGCCUCCACAGCCAGGGGCAAUAAGCCAGAGAUGACUGACAAGAUGUCGAGCUUCCUUCAUAUUGGAGAUAUUUGUUCUCUCUAUGCAGAGGGCUCAACAAAUGGAUUUAUUAGCACUUUGGGCCUUGUGGAUGAUCGGUGUGUUGUACAGCCAGAAGCAGGUGAUCUUAACAACCCACCCAAAAAAUUCAGAGAUUGCCUGUUCAAGCUGUGUCCCAUGAACCGCUACUCGGCGCAGAAGCAAUUCUGGAAGGCAGCAAAGCCAGGAGCCAACAGCACCACGGAUGCAGUGCUGCUCAAUAAACUGCACCAUGCAGCGGAUUUGGAAAAGAAACAGAACGAAACAGAAAACAGAAAACUGCUGGGAACAGUCAUCCAGUAUGGGAAUGUCAUCCAGCUGCUUCACUUAAAAAGUAACAAAUACUUAACAGUAAAUAAGAGGCUUCCAGCUCUGCUAGAGAAGAAUGCAAUGAGGGUGACGUUGGAUGAAGCUGGAAAUGAAGGCUCCUGGUUCUACAUCCAGCCCUUCUACAAACUGCGCUCCAUCGGGGACAGUGUUGUCAUUGGAGACAAAGUAGUCCUGAAUCCUGUCAAUGCUGGCCAGCCUCUCCAUGCCAGUAGCCAUCAGCUUGUGGAUAACCCGGGAUGCAAUGAGGUCAACUCAGUGAACUGCAACACCAGCUGGAAAAUCGUGCUCUUCAUGAAAUGGAGCGACAACAAGGACGACAUCCUCAAAGGGGGGGACGUGGUGAGGCUGUUCCACGCAGAGCAGGAGAAGUUCCUGACGUGUGAUGAGCACAGGAAGAAGCAGCACGUGUUCCUCAGGACCACGGGCAGGCAGUCAGCCACGUCUGCCACCAGCUCCAAAGCCCUGUGGGAGGUGGAGGUGGUGCAGCACGAUCCCUGCCGGGGGGGAGCUGGCUACUGGAACAGCCUCUUCAGGUUCAAGCACCUGGCCACGGGGCACUACCUGGCAGCAGAGGUAAACCCUGACUAUGAGGAAGAUGACCUGGAGUGUCAAUCCUCACUGGACCCCGAGCAGGAGGCGGCGCGCCGGGGCCGCGGUGCCCAGGAGAAGAUGGCUUAUUCCCUGGUGUCCGUGCCCGAGGGCAACGACAUCUCCUCCAUCUUCGAGCUGGACCCCACCACCCUGCGAGGGGGAGACAGCCUCGUGCCCAGGAACUCCUAUGUGAGGCUCAGGCACCUCUGCACCAACACCUGGGUUCACAGCACCAACAUCCCUAUUGAUAAAGAGGAGGAGAAACCCGUGAUGCUCAAAAUUGGGACCUCUCCAGUGAAGGAGGACAAAGAAGCUUUUGCUAUCGUGCCAGUCUCACCUGCAGAGGUUCGGGACUUGGAUUUUGCAAAUGAUGCAAGUAAAGUUUUAGGUUCCAUUGCUGGCAAGCUGGAAAAGGGAACAAUAACCCAGAAUGAAAGAAGAUCUGUUACCAAACUGUUGGAGGAUUUGGUCUACUUUGUUACUGGUGGAACUAAUUCUGGCCAGGAUGUCCUUGAGGUGGUGUUUUCUAAACCUAACAGAGAACGGCAAAAGCUGAUGAGAGAGCAGAAUAUUCUGAAGCAGAUUUUCAAGCUGUUGCAAGCCCCCUUCACGGACAGCGGGGACGGGCCGAUGCUGCGGCUGGAGGAGCUGGGGGACCAGCGCCACGCGCCCUUCAGGCACAUCUGCAGGCUCUGCUACAGGGUGCUCAGGCACUCCCAGCAGGACUACAGGAAAAAUCAGGAAUACAUUGCCAAGCAGUUUGGCUUCAUGCAGAAGCAGAUUGGCUACGACGUGUUGGCCGAGGACACCAUCACAGCCCUGCUCCACAACAACCGCAAGCUCCUGGAGAAGCACAUCACAGCUGCCGAGAUUGACACCUUUGUGAGUCUCGUGAGGAAAAAUAGGGAGCCCAGGUUUUUGGAUUACCUCUCGGAUCUGUGCGUUUCCAUGAACAAGUCUAUUCCCGUGACACAGGAGCUGAUUUGUAAAGCUGUGCUGAACCCAGCCAAUGCAGACAUUCUCAUUGAAACCAAGUUGGUGCUCUCCCGGUUUGAAUUUGAGGAAGUGGCGAGUGGAGAAAAUGCCUUGGAAGUUGGAGAGGACGAGGAAGAAGUGUGGCUGUUCUGGAGGGACAGCAACAAGGAAAUCCGCAGCAAGAGCAUCCGAGAGCUGGCCCAGGACGCCAAGGAGGGGCAGAAGGAGGAUCGGGACGUGCUCAGCUACUACAGGUACCAGCUGAACCUCUUUGCCCGCAUGUGCCUGGACCGCCAGUACCUGGCCAUCAACGAGAUCUCGGGGCAGCUGGACGUGGACCUGAUCCUGCGCUGCAUGGCCGAUGAGAACCUGCCCUACGAGCUGCGAGCCUCCUUCUGCCGCCUCAUGCUGCACAUGCACGUGGACAGGGACCCCCAGGAGCAGGUGACCCCUGUCAAAUACGCCCGGCUCUGGUCUGAGAUCCCCUCUGAGAUCGCCAUCGACGACUAUGAUAGCAGUGGAACUUCCAAAGAUGAAAUUAAGGAGAGAUUUGCACAAACAAUGGAAUUUGUAGAGGAAUAUUUAAGAGAUGUGGUGUGUCAGAGGUUCCCUUUCUCUGAUAAAGAGAAAAAUAAGCUCACUUUUGAGGUUGUUAACUUAGCCAGAAAUCUGAUAUAUUUUGGUUUCUACAACUUCUGUGACCUCCUCAGACUAACCAAAAUCCUCCUUGCUAUAUUAGACUGUGUGCACAUCACUACCAUCUUCCCUAUUACCAAGAUGGCAAAAGGCGAGGAAAGUAAAGGGAGCAAUGUGAUGAGGUCAAUCCACGGCGUGGGGGAGCUGAUGACCCAGGUGGUGCUCAGGGGUGGGGGGUUCCUGCCCAUGACUCCUCUGGCAGCUGCCCCCGAGGGGAAUGUCAAGCAGAGUGAGCCAGAGAAGGAGGACAUCCUGGUCAUGGACACCAAGCUCAAGAUCAUCGAGAUACUGCAGUUUAUUCUGAAUGUGCGGUUGGACUACAGGAUCUCCUGCCUGCUUUGUAUAUUUAAACAUGAAUUUGAUGAAAGCAAUGCCCAGAUGUCUGAAUCCCCCACUGGAAGCAGUAGCCAAGAAAUGCCAGCUAAUGUACCAGGAGCCCUGGACUUUGAACACAUUGAAGAACAAGCUGAGGGCAUCUUUGGUGGGAGUGAGGAGAACACCCCUCUGGAUUUGGAUGAUCACGGGGGCAGGACUUUCCUCCGGGUGCUGCUGCAUUUAACAAUGCAUGAUUACCCUCCCCUGGUGUCUGGUGCACUGCAGCUGCUCUUCAGGCACUUCAGCCAGAGACAAGAAGUCCUUCAGGCUUUCAAGCAGGUUCAACUGCUCGUUACCAGCCAAGAUGUUGACAACUACAAGCAGAUCAAACAAGAUUUGGACCAGCUAAGGUCAAUAGUGGAGAAAUCUGAGCUCUGGGUGUACAAAGGCCAAGGUCCUGAUGAGGCCAUGGACAGUGUGCCAGGUGAAAACGAGCACAAGAAGAAAGAGGAAGGUCACAGCAAGUCUCAAAAGCCUGAAAGUACUAGCAGCUACAACUACCGGGUAGUAAAAGAGAUCCUGCUGCGGCUCAGCAAGCUCUGCGUGCAGGAAGGGGCCUCGGUGAGGAAGAGCAGAAAGCAGCAGCAGCGACUCCUGAGGAACAUGGGAGCUCACGCCGUGGUGCUGGAGCUGCUGCAGAUCCCUUACGAGAAGGCUGAAGACACGAGGAUGCAGGAGAUAAUGAAGCUUGCACACGAGUUCCUGCAGAACUUCUGUGCUGGGAACCAACAGAACCAGGCCUUGCUGCACAAGCACAUAAACCUGUUCCUUAACCCAGGGAUCCUGGAAGCAGUGACAAUGCAGCACAUUUUCAUGAACAACUUCCAGCUCUGCAGCGAGAUCAACGAGCGCGUGGUUCAGCACUUCGUCCACUGCAUCGAGACUCACGGCAGGAACGUUCAGUACAUCAAGUUCCUGCAGACCAUCGUCAAGGCAGAGGGGAAAUUCAUUAAGAAAUGCCAAGAUAUGGUAAUGGCUGAGCUGGUGAAUGCAGGGGAAGAUGUGCUGGUGUUCUACAAUGACAGAGCCUCCUUCCAGACCCUGGUGCAGAUGAUGAGGUCGGAGAGGGACCGCAUGGAUGAGAACAGCCCCCUGAUGUACCACAUCCACCUGGUGGAGCUGCUGGCCGUGUGCACAGAGGGCAAAAACGUCUACACAGAAAUCAAAUGCAACUCCCUCCUCCCUCUGGAUGACAUUGUCAGGGUGGUGACCCACGAGGAUUGCAUACCCGAGGUCAAAAUAGCAUACAUCAACUUCUUGAAUCACUGCUAUGUGGACACAGAAGUAGAAAUGAAAGAGAUUUACACCAGUAAUCACAUGUGGAAGCUGUUUGAGAACUUCCUGGUUGACAUCUGUCGGGCCUGCAACAACACCAGUGACAGGAAGCACGCAGACUCCAUCCUGGAGAAGUACGUGACCGAGAUCGUCAUGAGCAUCGUCACCACCUUCUUCAGCUCCCCCUUCUCUGACCAGAGCACCACCCUGCAGACACGGCAGCCCGUGUUCGUGCAGCUGCUGCAGGGCGUGUUCAGGGUGUACCACUGCACCUGGCUCCUGCCCAGCCAGAAGGCCUCUGUGGAGAGCUGCAUCCGGGUGCUCUCUGAUGUAGCCAAAAGCCGAGCUAUUGCAAUUCCUGUGGACUUGGACAGUCAGGUGAACAACCUGUUCCUGAAAUCCCACAACCUGGUGCAGAAAACUGCCAUGAACUGGAGGAUGAGCGCCAGGAACGCCGCCCGCAGGGACUCGGUGCUGGCUGCCUCCAGGGACUACAGGAACAUCAUCGAGAGGUUACAGGACAUAGUGUCAGCCUUGGAGGAUCGCCUGCGCCCUCUGGUCCAGGCAGAGCUCUCAGUGCUGGUGGAUGUGCUCCACAGGCCUGAGCUGCUCUUCCCAGAGAACACAGAUGCCAGGAGGAAAUGUGAAAGUGGAGGUUUCAUUUGCAAGUUAAUUAAGCACACAAAGCAGCUGCUGGAGGAGAAUGAGGAGAAACUGUGUAUUAAGGUAUUACAGACGCUCAGGGAAAUGAUGACCAAAGAUAGAGGCUAUGGAGAAAAGGGCGAGGCCCUGAGGCAGGUUCUGGUGAGCCGCUACUACGGGACGGUGCGCGCGGCCGGGCGGCGCGAGAGCCUCACCGCCUUCGGCAACGGGCCCCUGUCCACGGGCAGCUCCAGCAAGGCUGGCCCUGCAGGAGGAAGCUCUGGGUCGAGCUCCAUGAGCAGAGGGGAGAUGAGCCUGGCAGAUGUCCAGUGCCACCUGGAUAAAGAAGGUGCUUCCAACCUGGUCAUAGAUCUCAUCAUGAAUGCCACCAGUGACAGAGUCUUCCACGAGAGCAUCCUGCUGGCCAUUGCCCUGCUGGAAGGUGGGAACACCACGAUACAGCAUUCCUUCUUCUGCCGACUGACAGAAGAUAAGAAAUCGGAGAAAUUCUUUAAGGUUUUUUAUGAUCGCAUGAAAGUGGCACAGCAAGAAAUCAAGGCAACUGUCACAGUCAACACCAGCGACUUAGGAAACAAAAAGAAAGAUGAAGACUCAGACAGAGAUGUCCCCAACAGGAAAAGAGUGAGGGAGCCCAUGACCCAGAUCACAGAGGAGGUGCGGGAGCAGCUGCUGGAGGCGUCGGCGGCCACGCGCAAGGCGUACAACACGUACAGGAGAGAGGCCGACCCCGAGGAGCACUACUCGGCAGGAGAGGGAGCCCAGGCUGCAGCAGACAAGGGCAAGGAUGAGCUGGAGAUGAGCGCUGUCAUCUCCAUCAUGCAGCCCAUCCUGCGCUUCCUGCAGCUGCUCUGUGAGAACCACAACCGGGAUUUGCAGAAUUUCCUACGCUGCCAGAACAACAAGACAAACUACAACCUGGUGUGUGAGACCCUGCAGUUCCUGGACUGCAUCUGUGGGAGCACAACUGGGGGCCUUGGACUUCUGGGUCUGUAUAUAAACGAGAAGAACGUGGCCCUGAUCAACCAGACGCUGGAAAGUUUGACUGAGUACUGUCAGGGGCCCUGCCAUGAGAACCAGAACUGCAUUGCUACUCACGAGUCCAACGGCAUUGACAUCAUCACAGCAUUAAUCCUCAAUGACAUCAACCCUCUGGGAAAGAAGAGGAUGGACCUCGUGCUGGAGCUGAAGAACAAUGCUUCCAAGCUGCUCUUGGCCAUCAUGGAGAGCAGGCACGACAGUGAGAAUGCUGAGAGGAUCCUCUACAACAUGAGACCCAAAGAGCUGGUGGAAGUGAUCAAGAAGGCUUAUCUGCAGGGAGAAGUGGAGUUUGAGGAUGGAGAGAACGGGGAGGAUGUGGCGGCAUCUCCGCGGAACGUGGGACACAACAUUUAUAUCUUGGCUCAUCAGUUGGCUCGUCACAACAAAGAGCUGCAGAACAUGCUGAAGCCAGGGGGUCAGAUCGAGGGGGACGAGGCGCUGGAGUUCUACGCCAAGCACACGGCACAGAUCGAGAUUGUCAGGUCGGACCGCACCAUGGAGCAGAUCGUGUUCCCCGUGCCCAGCAUCUGUGAGUUCCUCACCAAGGAGUCCAAGCUGCGCAUCUACUACACCACGGAGAGGGACGAGCAGGGCAGCAAGAUCAACGACUUCUUCCUCAAGUCUGAGGAUCUCUUCAAUGAGAUGAACUGGCAGAAGAAACUGCGAGCUCAGCCCUUCCUGUACUGGUGUGCUCGGAACAUGUCCUUCUGGAGCAGCAUUUCCUUUAACCUGGCUGUCCUCAUGAACCUGCUCGUGGCAUUUUUCUACCCAUUCAAAGGAAUUCGAGGAGGUACUGAUAAUUAACCUAAAAAAAAAAAAAUAUGUCAACAAAUGAGGUGUAACGAGCCAAAUUGUGCUGUUUACAUCAGUGGGGGUAGGAGAACAGAAUCUGGCUUUUUAAAUGGCUUUGGUUUAAAUUGUGCUGUUCUCUUUCUUGAGGCAUUUUUAAGGAAAAUGUAGAGCCAUGCUUUUUCCUAGGGGAAAAAAAAUUACCCAAGACAAACAUCCACCUUUAAUUGCUUGACUGUUCUACUUCGAUUUAAAGCCCUGUAAUUAAGGAUUGAGCUAAAAAUAGGCGAAAUGUUGAUUGUGUUGUUUUCCUUGAGCUUGCAGUUUAUUAAUGGCAUUUUCCACACACUU